AUGGAUUCCCUCGGUACCAAACACCCGGUCAAGGCCGGAAUCUCUUCCGAUCAGAUUGAGCAUGCUAGCAUCCAUGAGCAUGUGCUGUUUUCCCCCCAGGAGGAAAGGAAGCUGGUGAGAAAGGUUGAUCUGACGCUGUUGCCGAUGAUAUGGAUCAUGUAUCUGCUAUCAUACAUGGACCGCACAAAUAUCGGCAAUGCCAAAAUCUCCGGAAUGGCGAGCGACUUGGACCUCACGUCCAACCAAUAUUCGACUGCAUUGGUGGUGUUCUUUGUUGGAUAUGUUGUUUUUGAAGUUCCCAGCAAUUUGGUUUUGACUCGCACCCGCCCUUCCAUUUUCCUUCCGACAAUCAUGAUUAUAUGGGGGGCAUUGACGUGUGUGAUGGGUGCGAUCCAGGAUUACAAACACCUUGUCGCCCUCAGAGUCAUCAUUGGAUGCAUUGAGUCUGGGUUCGCUCCCGGGGUACUUCUCGUUCUCUCGUCGUGGUACAAACGCACCGAACAAUCACGACGAUUUGGUGUGUAUAUCUCUGCGGCCAUCUUGUCUGGGGCUUUUGGAGGACUCCUGGCAGCAGUGAUUGUUAAAAAUCUUGAAGGUGUGCAUGGAAUCCGUGGGUGGCGAUGGCUAUUCAUCGUUGAAGGUGCUGCAACCAUAGGGGUGGCACUGAUCGCUUUAUUCGUACUGCCGGAUUUCCCGGCAAACUCCAGGCGUCUUUCCGAACGUGAAAAAGACAUCGCAGUGGCCCGACUGGCGGCAGAAGAUGUCACAGCUCUCACAGAGGGCAGCCAGCGGCUGACCCAUUGGCAAGCUGUCGUGAGAUCAAUACAGGAUUGGCGCACGUGGAUCUUCGUUGUCGGCUACAUGGUCAUCGUGGGAUCUAGUACCCUCUCAUACUUCUAUCCCACCUUGGUCAAAGGGCUUUUUGGAGAUGCCUCGAAUGAGAAAGUCAACUUUCUCACAAUUCCAAUAUACGGUGUCGCCUUUGUUUGCACGGGCAUCACGGCCUAUUAUGGCGACCGUGUUCCUGAUUGGCGAGGACUGAUUAUUGCAGUCUGGCUCCUUUUCUCACUCGCGUGCUCGGUGGCUGUUUGCAUCAUCUAUAACUAUACAGCCCGAUAUGUUCUUUUGGUCCUCAUGGCUGCCGGGCUCUGGGCUACAAACGGCGGAACCUUGGCCUAUGCUUCGUCGGCAUUUGCCGGGGCGAGUCCAGAGGCCCGUGGGGUGAGCUUGGCUUUGAUCAAUGCAUUGGGAAAUCUGGCUCAAAUAUAUGGCUCGGUAAGUCUUGGCCUUGUCGGUUCCAAUGCUUCCAAUGCUUAUAAAAAUUUCCAAGUAUCUGUUUCCUGA